GGCCGCGAGUAUUAGACUAACAAACAGAGCUAAGUAAAAACUUAUCAGUGUCAAAUACAUCUGUACACGUGUCCCUCUUUAACGUUUGCCAGCAUAUAUGACUUUCUAAUUUCUAUUUGUACUUGUUCCCUAAAAGAGAUAACCUCCACAAAUAGGGCAUGAUGACCUACUUGAAAGAAACGAAGAAAUGAUUAAAUUAAAAAACAAGACUAAAUAUUGGAGAGGGAACUUUUUGCUGCAGGUUUUAUAUACACAGAAUUAAGUGCGUGAACUUAUUUCCUUCCUUCGCAGUCGACUCGUAGCGCAUCGCUGGUCGCGUUUGGCAGCCGAGAUUUGUAGCGAACAAAGAGGAAUUUUAUCAUCAGUUUUUGUCAAUCUGUUUAAUCAGUCAUUGUGACAUGAAUUUCAUGAACUAAUUCAAAUCACGUGCGUAAGAGAGUAACUAACAAAAAUGGCAGAACAACAAUGUAUGGAAAUAAAACUCUCUGUACCCUGGGGUCACGUUGCUGCCAAAACCUAUGGCUCUCCCACAGGAAAGCCAGUCUUACUAGUGCACGGUCAACAAGAUAACUUGGGAUCUUUUACUAGACUGAUGAAGUAUUUACCAAAAGAAUUAUUUUAUUACGUAUGCAUAGAUUUACCUGGCCACGGAUGGUCGUCACCCUUUCCAUCUUGGAUGAUAGUAGACAUAACAGUUUACGCUCAUGCAUUAUAUUUCAUCUUAGAAGCUCUGCAGUGGAAAAUGUUUAUUUAUAUAGGACACAGUUUGGCAGCGCAAAUAGCUGUCAUGUUCAGUAUUUUUCAACCAAAUAGAAUCAGGAAGUUAAUUUCUCUUGAUGGGCUUCUUAUGGGUCCUCAGGACAAAGAUUACGUAAUACAUUUUUAUACAACGUCUACACUUUUGGUAAAAGCCUAUCAUAAAACCGAAAAACCGCAAUCUUACACUAAAGCAGAAAUAUUACAUGCUCUUAAGACUAUGAGAAUGUGUUCUUUAAAUUCCGAAGCUGCUAAUGCGCUGUUUGAGCGUGCAGUUACGAAAGUAAAUGGGAAUGGGAAGUAUAUAUAUAAUAGAGAUUUGCGAGUAAGACAUCAUCCUCUUUUAUUUAUGAAUAUGGAUGAAUGUCAGAAGUUUAAUAACAAGCUUUCAGUUCCAAUAUACCUCUUUCUUCCAUCUGACGGUGUUCUUCUUCAAUAUGAAGAACUUAAAUUAGCGCUGAAAACGAUAAAAACUAAAACCAUAUUGGAAAUAAUUAAUACAGACGGAAAUCAUGACGUUCAUAAUAAUAAUCCUGAAAAAAUUGCGCCAUUUAUAUGUGAAAUAUUGAACAGUGACAAUUUCAGCAAACUGUAGACAAUUGUGUGUGUGUGUGUAUGUGUGUAUAUGUAUUAACAGAUUGCCUAUU